AUGGAUGCAAUAAAUAGGAAAAGACCAUUAAGUAGACAACCUUUAAAAGAGACUAGUGGGAACAUCCCUAGUCCAAAUAAAAAAUUGAAAUUAAAGGAUGCUUUACCAAUAACAAAUCCAACUACCACAAAAUUAGAAGUUUCUCUUCAACCUCAGACCCAAAAUCAACAAAAUCAAUUGAAAACUCCUGUUUAUAAGAAUGAUACUAAAGUUAGAAGUCGAUUAGUAGGAGAAGAGUUAUCUCAAUGGAGAACCAGUUGGAAGAAAAUCAUGAAAAGUAGUGUAGUAUAUUUCGAUACUCAAGGUGUAGAACAAAAUAAUCCUAAUCAUCAAUUAGAACAAAAGAAAGCUAUUAAAGCAUUGAAAUUUGUUGGUUCAGCUAUAACUCCAUUUUAUGAUAAAUCAGUAUCAAUCAUUAUUUCAAGAAGAUCAUAUAAUGCUCAACAUCAUUAUAAUUCCAACGAUAUUUUCCAUGAUGCUUCAAAUUUAAAAAUUAAGGUAUGGAAUUAUGAUAAAGUUUUCAGAUUCUUUAAAAAUUUAGGUAUUACUGAUUUUGAUAAUUUAUCAUAUCAAAAUCAAAAUCAUGAUGGGGAUUUAUAUAAUUUAUUAAGAGUUGAAAAGAUUUUUGGAUCUACUGAUAAAGAUCCAAGUGCUAAAAGAGAAGAUAUGCAUUAUUUUGAUAAGAAUUAUUUAUAUGUUUAUGAUUUAAGUCAAAAUGUUCGACCAAUAGCUAUAAGAGAAUGGUUUGAUGAUAAUUAUCCAAUUUUACAUUUAACAUUAGAUGGGAAAUGUCCAUUUAUUAUGGAUUCAGAAAAUUCUGAAAGAAAAAAAUUAAGAAGAAUAAAGAAAUUUCAAGAAACUGAAAAUUAUCGUAAACUUUUAAAAAAAUCAGCUUAUGAUUUAAUUAAUAAUAUUCGUAAUAAAAGAAAUUCCAUUAUUUUAACAUCAUCAUCAAUUUUAAGUGAUGAUGAAAAUACUAUAAUCCAAACUAAUUCCAAUUGUCAAUCUGAUAUUGAUGAUAAUAUUCAAUUAAUUAAGAAUUUUAAUGAAGAUAAUGAAAAUAAUGAUAAAGAAAAUGAAGAAUAUGAGAAUUUCAAACAUCCUAAACCAAAUUUAAUUAGAAAUUCAUCAUGUAUACCAACCAAUAAUUCUAAUGGAAGAUUUUAUGAUGUUGCAGCAUCAGGAUUCAAUGGUGAAUCAAAUGCUAUUCAACAAUUUUCAAUUGAUUCCGGCCCUCAAUUAGGUGGUAAUGGUUUAGGUCCAACAAUUUCUCAAGUUCCUUCGAAAAAUAUAAAUAAUUUAAAAAGAAGAAUAUUUAUGAAAAAGCAGAAACAGAAAGUUGAAGAAAAGACUGAUUUAAAACCUGGUUAUUGUGAAAAUUGUAGAGUUAAAUAUGAUUAUUUUGAUGAUCAUAUAAAUUCUAAUAGACACAGAAAAUUUGCCGUUGAUGAUUCUAAUUUUAGUGAUAUUGAUAGGCUCAUUGGCAUUUUAAAUGAUUCUAAAUCAUUUGGUUUCAUCACUUCUGAUGGUGAUUUUAGUUAUUCUGAAGAAUAG